AAAUUGAGAAGGGAUAAGUGGAAGGAGAAAAUGUUGGGCUGGUGCCAAGCGAUAGCUCGUAACCCUCACAGACUUCCAAACAGCACAAGAACACCCGAAGUCUCAGGUGAUGCUUCACAUAACUCUACUUUGAAUGACAAAUCCCCAGGGCGUUCCACAAGUCGAUCAAGUAAUAUUUCAAAGGCAAGCAGUCCUACAACAGGAACAGCUCCCAGGAGUCAAUCUCGGUUGUCUGUCUGCCCCUCCACUCAGGAUAUUUGUAGAUCUACUACCUUGCAUGAUUUGUCAGAAGAUGAGCUUGAACAUGCAACCCCUGUCAUGGUGCUGGCCCCUUCUAAUAGGGAACCUGGUGGUAAGAAACACAUAAAACGGAGGUUUAGGCAGAAAAAAGAGACUGGAGACAAUGGUGAGCACACAGAAAAGCAAGGAAAGGGGAGAAACUGUAAAUUGCAUCCUGAGCGUCCGAGAUCCAGCUGGAACACAUCUGAUUCAUCAUCAUCUUCGGAUGAGAGUCAGUGGGCUCAGGCUAGGAGGAGAGCAAGAGAAAAGGCCAGGAUGGCCAGGAGAGGGAGAAGAAACAACAGAUCAUGCAGUAACCAAGAUAAGUCCUUAAACAAUAAUGCUUUUGAACUUGUCACCUUGGGGACAAUGGGAAAAGAGAAACAAGAGGUGUCUGACCCUGAGAAUCCUACAUUAAAUCACCGCCGAAGGAUUCCAAGGCUUAAGGAAUCACAGUCUUCAGAAUCAUCUCAGGAAGCAAGGAUUUCCUCAAGAAAAUGUGGGAAAAGCAAAGGGAAAAGCUACCACAGAGAUCGGCAACCUGCACCUUUCCUUAGGCACAUGAAGAACUCCUUUGCAGAGGCAGGGUCUGGCAGCGAUGCUCUGGCAGUCCCAGAUCACGGAGCCUCUGCUGGGGCAGGGCCCACUGUUCCUCAUGCUGUUCAGAAGCCUCCAGUGCUGUAUGAUGACUGGUCUGAUGAUUUAGAAGUAUGCAGGAUCUGUCACUGUGAGGGAGAUGAUGAAAGCCCCCUCAUCACACCAUGUCGCUGCACAGGGACCCUGCGCUUUGUUCACCAGGCCUGCCUGCACCAGUGGAUCAAGAGCUCGGACACGCGCUGCUGCGAGCUCUGCAAGUACGACUUCAUCAUGGAGACCAAGCUCAAGCCUCUCCGGAAGUGGGAGAAAUUACAGAUGACAACAAGUGAGAGGAGAAAAAUUGUGUGUUCAGUCACAUUCCAUAUAAUUGCAAUUACCUGUGUUGUUUGGUCAUUGUAUGUUUUAAUUGACAGAACCGCUGAAGAAAUUAAACAAGGCAAUGAUAACGGUGUCCUCGAAUGGCCAUUUUGGACAAAACUCGUCGUGGUGGCCAUUGGGUUCACAGGAGGCCUGGUCUUCAUGUAUGUGCAGUGUAAGGUUUACGUCCAGCUCUGGCGCAGGUUGAAAGCCUACAACAGAGUGAUCUUUGUUCAGAACUGCCCAGACACCAUGAAAAAACUGGAGGAGAAAAGUUCUCCAUGCACUCAGCCCUCGGAGGUGAAGGACGCAGUGGUGGUGCCAGUAGCACAGACAGGUACAAACUCUCAGCUGGUGGCAGAAGAGGUGACAUCAGAGGUCAUGCCAGUUUGACACUGACUGUAUUGCUUCUUCCUUACAGAAUAAGGCAUAGAGUUUACUACAGUACAAAUGCUACAAGAAAGUAGAAAUGACUGUGCAUUUUUUCACUUAAAAAAGACACCAACCAAACAACAAAAAAAUACCGCAUUAAAAAAACCCAAAACCGUACAAGGAAAAUGGAUCCAGCAAAUCAACUUGUUACUGUUUGGAAUGUGACCGUUCGUGACGUAGUUUUGCAACUAGUCAGCAAGUGUAGUGAAAGUGGAAGUGUAGAAAGUGCAAUAGAGAACAGGUUUAACAAAUGCCAAAACAAUGUGACAAUGUAUUUUUUUAUUUUUUUUUCCUAACUGGGCUGGCUGGGAAAAUCGAAAACAGAAGUGAUAGAAUGAUUUUUGUUUACAGAAGACUCAAAAACUUUUCAUCUGUUUACUACUAAAAGUUGUAUUUGAUAUUUACCUUUUCAAAGGGUACCAAUCCAAGUUAUAUGCAUUAAUAUAAUCAAAGUAAAGAGAGCUGUACUGCAGCACUCCCUCUCUAAGCCUCAUAUGGUAGCGCCUUCAUGUGACUGUAGUGGAGCCUGAAUGUUUGGGCAGCUGUGUCAGCUAUGGAUAUUUGAACCAGUUGUUUUUAAAUAUGGCUGGAUUUUUGAAAAGUAAGCAGUUCCAACCAGUAUAAACUCAUGUCUCCAUAAGCUACAGGUAUUUUUUUAGAUGUCAGGGAAGUAAGUACAGGAAGGAGAGAAUAUGUAGAUAGGCAUUUAGAAAAGCAGCUCUACUAUUUAUUUACUUUAUAGGAGUGAAUUUGAUACACAAAGUAUUGAGGUAGAAUUGCAAAUAAAAAAAAACAGUUUCUUGCAGAAUUACAAAGAAGUAAACUGUCUAUUAUCAAAGGUCUGAAAUAGGAUGACACAUACUGAAGACGGAAGCUACUUUUGGUUUUAUUUUUUAAGAUUCAUAGUAAAGAAAGGUAGAUGUAAGAGAACAUAUCUAUCUACAUAUCUUAAGAAAACAUUAGUUUUUAUCUCCUUGUUCUAAAAAGCUAGUUUUUAUCUUCCUGACUGAAAAAAACAAAUCAAUGGUUUCCUUCUGUACCGAUAAACUUAAGGUGUUAGAGAUUCAACAGUUCAGUUAUUAAUUUCAAGUUUUGAGCUCUGGAAUAUAAAAAUGAAGUGUGAAUAGCAUUAAAAGGUGCAAUAGAUAAAUGAAUGUAUAUCUAAUACUGUGUCCAACAGGGUGAAUUAUAUAUAAAGAACCAAUUUUGUGAUUCACUUUGCAAAACUAUGGUGUUUACUACAAGGACACAAGAGCAAGUAUUGACUCAGAGUAGUUAUGUACUGGUGUGGACAAAUCUGGGGCCUGAACAUAAUGUGCAUUUUAAAAAGAACUUGAAAGUACUUUUUUUAAUCUUGUAUUUAGUAAAGGAGGAAAAGCAAAAAAGCAAAUAAAGUAAUGAGGACAAGAGAGUAGAGAUUCACUUAAAAAAGGGGCAUCUGCCACAAUUACAAGUGAACUAGAUUUCUACAGAAGCCUUGAAGUUUCUACUGGUAAAUUUUCUCUUUAGAAGCUCAAAUAUUUAUAAUGAAGUAACAGAAUCAUCCCAUUCUGGAAAAUAUCCAGGUUGCUAGGCCUGAAAUGUAUUGGAAUUUAUAUACUAGGUAUUCCUUUGUGAAUGUUUACUGGCUUAAGGCUCAGGGAAUACUAGAAGUAGUAGUGUUAACAGGAAAUAACGUCUUUAAUCAGAUCAUUAUAUACUUUUGUAUUGAAAUUGCUCUUGUAAUUUGGCUGUGACUAAGUGAUUGUUAUCUGGCUAGACAGGAAACAAAACCUCGGUGCUUGAAUGGGUCCUUAAUACACGUCAGUAUUUGCUGUAAGUUAUGCCAGGUGAGUUGGAUUAAUGUUGAAUUUUUUUCAGGUAAUGGCACACACUUUUUAUAUAAAAUAAUUUUCCUACUAUACAACUGCAGCUUCCAAUUAUAGCAGCUUCUUAUUUGAAACAACAUACAAGAGAAACCAAAUAAUUUCUCCAUUUAAAAUUGUGGAGGAGAUUUCAGAAGGUCUUCAGAGCAUAAUGACAUGACUAAUAAAUGUCUUGUAAGUGCACGUGCUUAAGAUAGUCUGCAAUGGCAUGGUUUUCAAAAAGUUACUUGUUAAAAAGUAAAUCUCAUGGUAUCUGACAUCAGACACUUAGAAUUACUAACUGCAUCUGAAUGUUUGGAAGGAUGUUUACAAUAAACAUGUGGAAUCAGCAAAAUUUACUGACAAAGGACAUUAUGAUGAAGGAUAGUUAAGAGCUUUCUGAAAUAAUAGUUUCUUACUAAGUGAAAAUAACCCUGCUUCUUUAGCCAGCUUGUUCUUUGACUAGAGUAGCAUCGUGACCCCAUUGAAAAUAUUUAUGCACUAUUUUGUCAGUUUACUGGAGAAUAGUUCACACUGGGUUUUUUCCCUUGAAAAAGUAUAAAAUUCAGCUCGAAGAAGAAAGUAUCUGAAGACUCUGAAAGCAGAACUGUAGCAUCCAACAAGGUUUUACAUUUUUAAAAAACUCACUGAAGAAUCAGCAACAGAAAAGACAACAUGAAAAUGUUUAUACCAAUGCCUUCAACUUCAAACACUGUUCUGGCACUCCAUAUAUGCAACUGAGUUUACAGUUAAUUAAAUAAAAGAAAGCAGAAAGACUUCAGUUGAAAGUCCUCCUCUCCCUUGGAAAUAUUAAAUGCGGACAGCAGGAAAAGGAGCAAAAUGGGAUGCUGUCUGCUGAGAUGGACAAUGAAACAGGUCACCAGCAAGCGAGAUUUCAGCUGGCUUGAAGCAGCCUUUAACCUUUUAAACAUUACAGCAUUAGCCUGUGCAUCCCUUUCUCUUCUUAGAUGCACUGGAUUUUCCUCAGCUUUCAGGGAUUUCAUGCAGGAUUGGAAUUUGUUUCUGAAGCCGGGUACAACCUCUUCAAGGGGGCAAGGAACUAUUCAUACCACCAUGCCUUGGAUUUUGGUCUUCAGUAAUAAGGAAAGUACAUCGAUAGAGAAACUAGACAGAUCCUUAUCACCCAAUACAUUUUCAUUGCCACACAAAGUACAAUUUUCUGUAUUAAUUUAUUAACCGUAUUCUAUCCUAGAAAAAAACAAAAACAAAACACAUUAAAAAAAAACAAAAAAAACCCCAACCUAAACAGAACAGUGUAAUGAAAGUUUUAAGAUGAAGUCUAAAAACUUUAAUAAAGACGCCAUCUCAAAUAAAGAAUCCCUGUGUAGGCACAGUGGGGCUCUGGGCUAAAUCCACAAGGGCAAAACCUGGCUCUGAGCUGCCAUUAGCAAGAACAGCUUAAUCUGCAUUCUUGUUUAAACCUAGUUUUAAUAAAGGUCGGUAGAAGUAAUUUGGCGUCAGGUCAGAUCUGGAAGUUUAAACAAGAUACUCCUGUAUUCACUCCUGUGAACAAGCACAUUUUCUGGUUUUAAGUUACAAGCAUUAUAAACUUUAUCUCGAACUGGCAAACAUACCACUUUUGACUAUCAGUGGCAUUACAAAGAUUCUUGACUAGUCCAACUGUGCCAUUCACACACUGCUCUAGCUGAAGGUAGUGUUUAUUUUUGUUGUGUAGAAAAAAUAGUAAUUCCUGUCUCCAGAACAAACAUUUAUAAUUUCCGAUAACACAUUGAAACUUACACUCUGAUGAAAAUAUUCUGCUGUGUAUAAUAUUCGAAACCACAAGUUUGUGUUAUCUGUUUAACUCCCUCUCUUUUGAAAAUGUGUAUGUUUUUGUGGGUGGAUGUGUACUGGAAGACAGAAGGUAAGGGAAACAAAAAUAAUGUAUCUGCUUAAUGUUGUGGAAAAAUGUAUUUGUAUUAAACAAAUUACUCAAAGUA